UCCCCGUGCAGGCUGCGGAGACUCCCUUCCCCGGGGGAGGGGGCCCCAGGUGCCCCCUCCGCCUCUACCUCAGUGAGAAGGGAGUGCUGGGGAGGGCACCUGGAUCCCGAGACUGGCACGGGUGGCCAGCUUGCAGGAGGGGACGGGGUCAAAGGUGGAAGGCUUCGGCUGGCAGGAGAGAAAGGGGUUUGGGAAGGAGAAGGACAUUGUCCACUGGGACUGUGAGCGGGAUGAACAUCCCAGGCUCCUGGCCAGAAGCUGGAGGGGGCUUGGCCAAAAAGAGGGAGAAGCAACUCAGCUGUUCUUUCUUGCUCUGAAACAGAAAAUGUCUGCAGACGGUGGAAGCAUCCAGGCUACCCAGGACAAGGAGGAAGCCCGGGAGGUUCCAGGCCAUGAGCAUCCUUGUCAAGAAAUGCUUUUUGGGUCAGAGGAAAUGGUGCCCUUGGGAGCUGCUCGGGAGUCAAUGCACAUUAAAGUGGAGCCGGAAGAGCCGCACCCCGAGGGGGCGUCGCAGGAGGAUGGGGCUCAAGCUGCACGGAGCUGGGCACCCCUAAGCCAUGGCUGUAAGGAGAAGGUUCCCUUCCUGCCUGGCGGAGCUUUCCCCUCCCCCCGGAUCCCUGUGCUUUCCUGCGAGGGGAGGACCAGAGACCGGCAGAUGGCCGCAGCUCUCCUCACCGCAUGGUCCCAGAUGCCAGUGACUUUUGAGGACGUAGCUCUGUACCUCUCCCGGGAGGAGUGGGGACGGCUGGAUCACACACAGCAGAACUUCUACAGGGACGUCCUGCAGAAGAGAAACGGGCUGUCCUUGGGGUUCCCCUUCAGCAGGCCUUUCUGGGUCCCCCAAGUGCAGGGGAAGGGCGAGGCCUCGAGCUCGGUCCGGCAGAUGCGAGAAGAGGAGGAGGAGGAGGAGAGGAGAGGUGUGUGCCCAGGAGCCAUUGAGAUGGGGCAGGAGAUGCCCACCCCGUCUGCAGCAGCCCUUGGGGAUGUGAAGCCCUUCAGAAACAGAGCAAGGAGGGCCCAGGGGGGCGUCCCGCAGUAUGGGCAGCAGGCAGCUAGUGGCCAGAGCUCAGGGCCAGUCAGAGAGGAUGGGCAGCCGGGUCCCCUGGAAGAGAGACAGCCGAUACCAGCCCCGCCUGCCUCCAGUCCCCCGAAGCCCAGCGAGGAGGAAAAGGGCGCCCCAGAGAGCGGCGAGGAGGGCCUGGCUCCCGACAGCGAUGCCAGUAAGAAGAGCUACCAGUGCGAGCAGUGUGGCAAGGGCUUCAGUUGGCACUCACACCUAGUGACGCACCGGCGCACGCACACCGGCGAAAAGCCCUACGCCUGCACGGACUGUGGCAAGCGUUUCGGCCGCAGCUCGCACCUCAUCCAGCACCAGAUUAUCCACACGGGUGAGAAGCCCUACACCUGCCCCUCCUGCUGGAAGAGCUUCAGCCACCACUCGACGCUGAUCCAGCACCAGCGCAUCCACACCGGCGAGAAGCCCUACGUGUGCGACCGCUGCGCCAAACGCUUCACCCGCCGCUCGGACCUGGUCACCCACCAGGGCACCCACACGGGCGCCAAACCGCACAAGUGUCCCAUCUGCGGCAAGUGCUUCACGCAGAGCUCGGCCCUAGUCACCCACCAGCGCACGCACACAGGAGUCAAGCCCUACCCAUGCCCCGAGUGUGGCAAGUGCUUCAGCCAGCGCUCCAACCUCAUCGCGCACAACCGCACGCACACGGGCGAGAAGCCCUACCACUGCCUCGACUGCGGCAAGAGCUUCAGCCACAGCUCGCACCUCACCGCGCACCAACGCACCCACCGCGGCGUCCGGCCCUACUCCUGCCCGCUCUGCGGCAAGAGCUUUAGCCGGCGCUCCAACCUGCACCGGCACGAGAAGAUCCACACCAGCGGGCCCAAGGCGCUGGCCAUGCUGAUGCUGGGCGCGGCGGCGGGGACUCUGGCCACCCCCCCACCCACCCCCACCUAGGAGGCUGGGAGCCCCUGGGAGUCCAGGCCCCAGGGGAGGAACGAAGG